UCGGCCGGAGCUGAUCGCUGCGGUGGAGGGAUCCGAGAUGCAAAAGGGAGAGGCCCGGCCACGUCAGCCCGACCACCUCGGAGGCGCCGCCAGGGGACAAGGCGGCGGCGGCGGCGGCGAGCGCGCCGAGCGGGUGCCCGCCGGAGUCAUGGAAGUGCCCGCGGGGCUGAUGCUGGAGCCAUCCCUUUACACUAUCAAGGCGAUUUUCAUCUUGGACAGCUUUGGGCAGAGACUUUUAGCCAAGUAUUAUGACGACAUGUUUCCAUCUAUGAAAGAACAGAAAUGCUUUGAGAAAAAUGUCUUCAAGAAAACCCACAAGACUGACAGCGAGAUCGCUUUCUUGGAAGGCCUGACCAUUGUCUAUAAAAGCAGCAUUGAUCUUUUUUUUUACGUGGUGGGAAGUCCCCAUGAAAAUGAGCUGAUGCUGAUGUCAGUUCUCACCUGCCUCUUUGAAACCCUCAACCACAUGCUGAGAAAGAACGUGGAGAAGCGAACCUUGGUGGAGAACAUGGAUGCAGUGUUUCUUGUAGUGGAUGAAAUCGUUGAUGGCGGCGUGAUUCUGGAAAGUGAUCCCCAACAAGUCAUCCAGAAGUUGAAUUUUAGAAUGAACCCUGAGCCGGCAGCCUAUGGCUUCGUUCUCUUUGAUUACAUCACGGGCAGGACUGCACAGAAUUCAACAACACUGGGAUGGUCGCAGUUUCCCUAUAAUGGAUCCACACUGCGUAGCUGCAGCUCUCUGGGAUCAGAGACAAGAUUCUUUCUCACACCUCCCUGGAGAUGCGGACUGAACCUGGGGGCUUUGCAUGCAAAUCAGGUGCCUUGCUGCUAAGCAAAAAGCUGCCUUUCUACCCCCCACCACCUGCCUUCUUGCUCAGGCAUCGCUGGAGCAAGAAUAAUCAAGUAGGCAAUGUGGUUGAAUGUGCAUCACUUCAGUCUUAGACUGAACUGUAUUUGUCAUUUUGUUGCCCAUUUGGAGGCAUCCUGGUAGAAUCCUUCAUUGCCUGUUUGCUUGGAGUUCUGCCUUCCUCAGUAAUUUGGGCUUGUUUGUCAGUGCUGACAAUCUCACUGCUUCCUCCUUCCUCCAGAUAAUGCAUGGAUGUUAAAUAGCACUCUUCUCAACACAGAUGGAGAAAUUAUAUUACCUUGCUUCUCUCCAAUGUGAAAUCAGUCAUUUUAUUACCUUGUAGCUCAUGUUCUUUUACUAGUUCAUGGCUUAAAAAAGAACCUCUUCUAUAAUUCAACUGGCUCACCACAGCUACAUGUUCAAUAGCACACUUAAAAUAAUUCUAAAUAGCUCGUGAGGCAGGAUUUUUUUUUUUUUUUGCAAAAGCCAUGCUGAUCUUUUAUUAGCAAGGCUUGUUCUUCCAUAUGUUUAAUUAUACUAGCUUUAAUAAUGCUUUCCAUCAUUUUACCAGGGGCAAACAGACUGGUGGAUCUGUAAUUUCCUCCCUACCCCAGAUCCUCUCUUUAAAAUGUAUAUUACAUUGGUUAGAGACCAUAAGGAGCCUAUGGCUGCAUUGCAUAUUACUGUUAUAAGAUCCAAAUAUUUCACAUCUAAGUUAUUUAGGUCAUGGUCUGGGAGGCCACAGGAUUUUGCAGAGUCCUGGCUCCAAGCCAGUACCCUGGCCAACUUGCAGCCAAUGCAGAAAUACUGUGCUAGCGGUCACUGCAAGACUACAACUAGGUUUUGGAGGAGGGAAACAGGAGGUAGACAUGGGAGGAGCAUGGAGCCAAGGACUGUGCUGAUUUCCGUUGGCAUCCUAGCUUCCUUCCCUCACCCUCCCCAGUGCUAAUGCAGAUGGCCAAAAAUGGCUGUCCAGAUGAAAUACCCAUUGGGACAGUGUGCAUAGGAUACACACAGACCUCUGGAUUCAGAGGCUUAUGUGCAUGAAGGGCACAGGACAUAGGAUUUCAUGAUUAAAAACUCUUACAUAGAUGCAAGCCUUGAGGAUUUGCUGAUUUACAAUUUGUCAAUUAGCUUUGAAAUCCUAUCUAUUAUUAUUCCAUUUGCCAUAGUUCAGUAGGUCCCACCUCCCCCUCGCAAAAAAAAAAAAAAAAAAAAAAAAAUCAUUUGGCUGUAUCUCUGCAUUAUUUUCAUAACUUUUGUCCUCACUCAAUCACUGCCUAGUUUCCUGCUUCUCACAUUUCUGAAGGAAAUUUUGCUGGCUUUAUGUUUCAGUAGCUUGCUCCUUGAACACUUUCUUUGCUUGGUUUAAUGUCAACUUACAUUACUUGUGUUGUUUUAAUUAUCCCUAUUUGACUAAGAUUUAACCCCCUUAAGGAAACUUCCCUACUUUUUAUGGUUUGACUUAGCCAUGGUCCUUCCUCUUCUACUCCUCUCUCCCCCAAGUUAUCUUCA